AUGGUUCUUUUCAACAUGAUAAGCGAGCUCAAACCUGGAAACAUGCACUGGGGAUUGCGUGUUCGCUUAGUUCGGUUGUACUCUGUCCCUAUGUACAAUGACAAGUCAAAGAUUUCAACUUUGGAGUGUGUUUUCCAUGAUAGAACUGGGGAUCGUAUUCACGCCACCGUGAAGUACGAACAAGUUUCGACUUUCCUUUCUGUUUUGAAAGAAAAUAUGCUUUAUAAAAUUAGGACAUUCAUUGUUGCUGAAAAUAAAAUGACCUACAAAACAACUACUGCUCCCUACCGAAUUUUCUUUGUCCCGAGAUCCAAUAUCUCUGAAUUGAAGGAUGAUAGCUUCCCUACAAUGGUCUAUGACUUUAUUCCUUUUCAAAGACUUGCUGAAGCUGAUUCGGUUGAUGAAACCGUACUCAUUGAUGUUAUUGGACGCCUUGCUAUGAGAUACCCACCCCGCGAGGUUGAGUAUGGCGGACAACAAACAAUCCUGAUGGAAAUACUUUUGGAGGAUCCUGAGGGAAACACAAUGUCUUGCACGUUGUGGGGUGAGUAUGUUGACUACUUGAUGAAUCACUUAGCCAACACAAAUGAAGGGGAUAGUGUUGUCAUUAUUGUUCAAAUGUGCCGCCCCAAAAAGUUCCAAAGGCAAAUUCGAGUGUCGAACACGUUCAAUGUUACCAAGCUCAUCAUAAAUGGUGAUACUUUGGAAAUAAAUGAGUUUCGCAACAGGUUCAACAUUCAAGGGAGAGUUGAGGUACCGAUCACCAAUAUUCGUGAACGAAGAUAUGAACCUUCUGCUACACUAGCGGAGGAGCUUGAAAGCCCAAAGUCAAUUUUUAAGACUAUAGACCAACUCCAUGCAACUGAAGAAGCCGGGAACUACUGGGUCUGUGCAAGAAUCAUUCAGUUUGACUGUGGUGGACAAUGGAGUUACAUCGCAUGUAAUAAUUGUUCAUUCAAAAUGACUCCUACAAAUGGGUUGUUUUACUGUUCUAGAUGCGAUAAGGAAGAUUUCACGGGAAAGCACAGGUUCAAAAUUCCUGUUACUGUGGCUGACCAAACAGGAAUUGCUAUGUUUCUGCUUUGGGAUAGGGAGAGCACCGACUUGAUUGGAAAAACAGCGAAUAAUUUAAAAUCAAAGGUUGAUUAUGAAGCAGAAGCUAAUGAUGUUCCUAAGGAGAUUCUGAAGUUGGUUCAUUUGAAGGUUAUUUUCAAGGUAAAGGUUAUCCAAAAAUUGGGGAGACCUAAAAAUAAAGAGAUGACCUAUACCGUUCUCAAGGCAACGGCUGAUCCAGAGCUAUUGGACAAGUACUAUGGUGGACCACAAGAAAGUGGGAAUUCGGACCUGUUCUCCAAACUGAAGAGUGCUGAUUUUCAGCCUAUUGAGGAUGAUUCUGAUGACGAAGUGAGUACUCCAGUGAAAAAAGUGAAUGCAGCUUCAACUUCUAUAGACAAGACGAAGCUUUCAAGUGUAAAGAAAAGACUUACUGAUGAAUUAUCUGCUUGUGGAAAGGAUAAGAAAAUGAAGGGAGUUAUGAAGGAAGAAGAAGAAGAAGGAGAACAAGAGUAA